AUCUUAUUCAUGAACACCUUCUCUCGCAUUGGAUCAGUGGCGCAGGGUAGGGCUUAAGCAGAACGAGAACUGAGCUGUGUUUGUUUCUGGAUUCCCGAGGACUGCAGCACCUACUCCUGUGCUUUUAAUUCCUGAUCAAAUUGCACGCAGAAUUGUCAAACUUGAUGCUGGAAAGAAUGAUCUUUCUGACGCUUAGCUGACGACUAGCUGGUAAACAGUAGCCAAGCGUAGCUAGAAGGUGCACAAUUCACGCAAAAGGCUUUGGGGGUCAUAGCUCUCAACAGAGCUGGGGGGAUUGCUUUGCAGUUCUGCUUUACUCAGUCCCUGCUUCCAUUUGGGCACCAGGUUCCAGUUUAUGCUGUUCAGCACAGAAACUGAGAGCUGCUGUUGAAAUGGUUGACAUCAUGUCGCACAGAGGAUUGUCAGCAGCACCGGCGCUUCUUAGCUUGAAGAAGCGGGAUGUUCUCAGGAUUGAAAAGGAAGCGGUCAUCAGAACCUUGAAGCUGAAGCUUAUCACAAAGCUGGCUGACAUGAUUGAACAAGACAGCGACAGGAAAGACUUCCUCACACUCUGCCGGAGAGUGGACGCCACAAUCAGAAGUUGGUACCACCUACAGUUUGAGGAACUCAUGCAACUCUACUCGUUCUUUGAACCAGUAGCUGGGACCUUGAAGCUACAGCAACAGAAUUUAUCGCCUACUCAGAUCGAGAAACUUGAAGUACGAUUCCUGCGGCACCUCAUGCAGGUUUUCGAGAAGAGCAACUUCAAGUUGCUGAGCGAUGCAGAGUAUGAGGUUGCGCAGAAGGGAGAGUAUCUGCUCAAUCUGCCGAUCGAGGUUGACCUGAAACGAUUAGACACGCAACUGUUGAGCAACUUCUUUGCAUCCGAAAAUACGAAGCAGACCUUGCCCUCGUACAGCAGACACUAUUUGCUAUUUCGGAGAGGAAUCGACAAGGACCAGACGAGUGGUCUGUUCAUCAUGGAGAAGAUCAACCUUCUCAUUGGGUACCUGCUCGUCUGGCUGCUCCAACCGUUCAAGUUUGUCUGGAACCGGAUACGAAGAGCCGAAAAAGAGUCGAAGAAGGCCGAGUCUUCAAGAACAAACCAGGCACAGUUAGACCGGGCAGCCGACAACAGUCUUCACGACCGAGAGAGCAUGUAUGUGGAACGGGUUCGGCUUGAGAACAUGCAAAUCAGUUUCAGGAACUUACUAACGACCACCACCAUCCAGGAGCCGACCUUCGAGAGGAUUAUUCUCGUGUACAGGAGUGCAACACCCGCCAGCCAUACGAAUGCGCUCGGCGACCGUACGAUCCACAUCAAGCAGUUCCGCAACAUUCCGAUGGCGGACAUGGAGCUUGUGCUGCCCGAGAAACGGACCCCAGGACUCACACCGAUGGACACGGUGAAGAUCGGCGGGUCUGCAGCGGCGGGCGCGGCUGCUCUGUGGGGCUCGUUGGACGGAAGCAAGAUCGACACCAAGGUCUUGCUAGCGGUGCUCACUGCAGUCGGGGGUUACAUCUUCAAAAUUUAUACAGACUUCCAGAUUGCGCGGAGCAAGUACCAAAGCCUGAUGGUCAAAGCGAUGUACGACAAGAACAUGGAUAGUGGACGGGGCACGUUGCUCCACCUAUGCGAUGACGUCAUCCAGCAGGAGGUGAAGGAGGUCAUCUUAGCGUACUUCGUCCUCAUGACGCAGGGCAAGCUCUCAGAAACGGAGUUGGAUGAGGCUUGCGAGGAGUUGCUGGAAGAAGAGUUUGAGGAGACGACCAACUUCGAGGUGUCGGAUGCGUUGCAAAAGCUGGAGAAGCUGAGCAUCGUCAACAGGGAUUCUCUGGGCCGAUACAUGCACCAAUCUUUAAAGAAAGCGAACGAGAUUAUCGGGUUGACGACGGACGAGCUCGUCGAGAUGAAUAUGAACCGCAAGGUUUUUGGAUUGUAAGAAGUACUUUUGAGUCUUUAGACUUUAAGCGAAUACCGGUAUACUAAUCAAAUUGACCAGAAAAGCAAGUCAAGACGUUCCAGUAAGGAGGCCGAUUGCAGCCAAGAAGUGUGUCCGAAAGCUACUGACAAAGGUACAUAAGAGGUGUCGGUUGGAACUGCACAUUGAAUCUAAUUUUGACAGUGACAGCAUAAGAAGUUGCAGGAAGAGCUGACCUGAUUGCCAGAAAGGCGCGUUACUAUCCUGUGCCGAUUGAGUUCAGAUCUGACACAAUCAGGCGUGCUCUUUAUCGAUCAUCAGACUGAUCCGACCUCAAUCUUAGCGCGCUCAUUCGCAAUUGCUUGCACGACUUAGAAUUAGACACCUGCCAAG